AUGGCCAAUUCCAAGUGUCUCACAAUCGCUUAUCUUGGUAUAAAUAGUACCUGUUCAUUAUUUUCUGAACAAACUACCAUAGGAAGAUUAAAAUUAGUGGCGACUUAUAGGAGUGCACGUGUUAUCAAUUUAAAUAAGAUCAGUUCUAGUGCACAAAUUAAUUUCACUCAAACGCACCCUGCUAUAUCACAGUAUGCACUUCUUGGUGCUGCUCCAUCUGCAAUAGAAAUGGGUUACUUGAGCAACGAUUCUUUUAUUGAUAUGGCAAGUGUGUACCAAUCAAGCAAUCAACUGAUUGUUUGGCUCGGUCAAGCCAAUGGAACAUUUGAUCAUGGAACACCAUACAGUACAAAUCCCUUACCCGUCGAUCUGUUGCUAGUUGAGUUAACGAAUGAUAAUCUACUCGAUAUUCUUGUUUUAUGUCUUGGCUCCAGUAAUAUUCUUCUGUUUGUAAAUCUGGGUGGUGGUAUAUUUGCUGCGAAAAGGACGGUUGGCUCAACAGGAAGCUAUUCAUUCCCUCUUAGUAUGACACUUGUCGAUUUCAUUAAUAAUGGGCUUGUCGAUGUUGUGACUGUUUGUGAAAAUCCUCCGUACGUAGGCGUUCUACUCAAUCAAAACUACACUAGUGGGACUCAAUUCACAUUGGUAGCGAAUACUUUAUAUUCAUCCGGCCCUCCAAACUAUUAUCUAGUAGCAACCGCUGCAGCACAUUUCAACGCUGAUUCACUUGCUGACGUGGCAACCUUGACAAACGAUGGCAACGUCGUUAUGUAUCUUGGUAUGGGUAACGGAAUAUUGACUUAUCUAGCGACUUAUACAACGCGUGGUUUUACUACAUUUUCAUCGUGUAUAGUGGCUGCUGAUGUUAACAAUGAUGGCAACAUAGACCUGUCUGUAACAAAUACUGGUAGCAUGACAGUGGCUGUACUGUUCGGCGAUGGAAAAGGUCAUAUGAGUGUACCAAUACUUUAUCAGGUUGGGGGUGCCCCGACUCACAUGCGUGCGCUUUAUUUCGAUCAAGAUGGACAUUUAGAUCUUUUAGUUCUUACUGGUAGCAACUGCUAUACACUUUUGACAGGUUACUUCAAUGGCACAUUUUAUACUAGCAUUCCUUGUGGAUACGUACCUGCAGGCUAUGUUACGAAUUUUGCUGUUGGUGAUAUUAAUGGUGAUGGAAUUCCCGACAUGGCUAUUACAGCUACUGGCACUGCUAAUGUUCAAAUGUUCCUUGGAUCAAUCAUUUGA